GGUGACGUCACAGUGGAGGUCCACCAUAUUGUCUCUGAUACAGCACUAAUAUCGCAGUUGCGCUGAUUUACUGGCAACGGAGCGUCAGUUGGCUCUACGGAUUUACAACGGAUCUUCGGGGGAAACACUUCGGUGGUCACAUUGCUCACGGGGCGAGAACACCGUGCCCCCUCCCUUGUCCUCAAGUAACCCCCUCCUAGACCCCUGCCCUGUCUCAAUCAAACACGCCCCGACCUUCCCUCCUUCCCCUCCCUCUCACCCUCCCACCCUCCUCCCUAUAGCUACGUCUGCCGCUGCUGUAAAAAAACACCACUCACUGCCAAACUGUCGGACAUGUCGGGACCCGUGCCAAGCCGGGCCAGAGUGUACAACGAGGUCAACACUCACCGGCCGAGGGAGUACUGGGACUAUGAGUCCCACGUCGUGGAGUGGGGAAACCAAGAUGACUUUCAGCUGGUGAGAAAGCUCGGCCGCGGCAAAUAUAGUGAAGUCUUUGAGGCCAUCAACAUCACCAAUAACGAGAAAGUGGUUGUCAAGAUCCUGAAGCCUGUGAAGAAAAAGAAAAUAAAGCGCGAGAUCAAGAUACUGGAGAAUCUACGAGGAGGCCCCAAUAUUAUCUCCCUUGUUGACAUUGUGAAAGACCCCGUCUCUCGGACACCUGCCUUGGUCUUUGAACACGUCAACAACACCGACUUCAAACAAUUGUACCAAACGCUGACAGAUUACGACAUCCGAUUCUACAUGCACGAGAUUCUUAAGGCUUUGGACUGUUGCCACAGUAUGGGAAUAAUGCAUCGAGAUGUCAAGCCUCAUAAUGUAAUGAUUGAUCAUGAACACCGCAAGCUACGUCUUAUUGACUGGGGCCUGGCAGAAUUUUACCACCCCGGACAGGAGUACAACGUCAGGGUUGCAUCACGUUACUUCAAAGGACCUGAGCUCUUGGUGGACUAUCAGAUGUAUGACUACAGUCUAGAUAUGUGGAGCUUGGGAUGUAUGUUGGCCAGCAUGAUCUUCAGGAAAGAACCUUUCUUCCAUGGCCACGACAACUAUGACCAGCUGGUGAGAAUAGCCAAGGUUUUAGGAACAGAAGACCUCUACGACUACAUCGAUAAGUACAACAUUGAGCUGGAACCUCGCUUCAAUGAUAUACUUGGAAGGCAUUCUCGUAAGCGGUGGGAGCGUUUUGUUCACAUUGAAAACCAGCAUCUGGUCAGCCCUGAAGCCCUGGAUUUCCUGGAUAAACUGUUGCGCUACGAUCACCAGGCCCGGCUGACUGCCCGCGAGGCCAUGGAGCACCCGUACUUCUUGCCCAUUUUGAAGGAGCAGUCUCGCAGUGGAGCUGGAGCUGCCAACCUGCCCAGUGGGAACCCGACUGUUAGCACGGCCAACAUGAUCACUGGGAUUUCCGCCUUGCCAGCUUCCACUGCCUUGGGUACACUCACCGGCUCGCCCGUGUUGUCCACCCCCACCAACACUCUCAGCUCCUCUGUGGCCGCCACCCCGGGGGCCCCGCAGUGACAUCAUCAUCAGACAGCCGUAACUCCACCAGCUCCAUUUGGCGCGAUCAUGUGACUUCUCUAUGAGUGAUGACAUCCAUACAAAAGGAACACGUUUAUGUCGACCAACUCGUCAAUCAUUUUGAAAAAGUGCCCGCUUACGUCGACAUCCAGACACAAUACGAUCAUUUCUAUGAAACGUGUUGACAAGCGUCUCAUUACAACAAGCGCUGACGUCGACAUAAACGUGUUCCGGUGUAGACGUUCAUCACUUGGACCAAAAAAAAGAGCACAUCCUGUACAUUUGCUGAAGGGGAUGCUGGUCGUCAUGGUUACACUAUUCGCAUAUGCUGCUUUUGAAUGAUUUCGAGACAUAACCAAAGUUUACUGCGUUCAUUGCGAGAAAGAAGAGAAUGCUUUUAUUUUGGAGGAGUAAAAGGCGGACAAACACUAGGGGUAUUUUUUAUUUAUUUUUUAAAACAUGUAGAAAACUAAGGGGCGAGAACACAAUACGAACUAGAUGAGGCAAUUCCAGAAGGAAUUGCGUGUGAAUGCUCCAAUGCUGACGUUGAACUGAAAUCCUGGAAUUUUUUUUAGAAUUGCUGAAGUAAAGAGCACACAAUUCCCGAACAGGCUGAAUAUUUUGAAGUUGGAACUGUUUGAAUCAGAUGAAAAAUGUGGGAGUUGUGGAACUUUGAAGAAUGUCCCAUUAAAGGGAAUUUCCCCAAAAUUUGGGAAUUUCAGGAAAAGCGGGAAUUUUUUGUAAAAUGGUAAACAACUUGAAUGGUCUGAAUAAAUUGAAAUGGUUGGUGUUGGAAUUUUUGAAAUCGGUCGAGAAAUGUUGAAGUAGUAACAUUUUUAAUUGAGAAAUGGUCUUAAUGAAUUCCUGGAGUUUUGGGAAAACCGGGAAUUUUUCCAGUUCGAAAAACAACUUAGUUUUUUGUUCUGAUUAAGAGGAAUGUUUGGACGGUGGAACGGUUGAAAAAUGUGGAAGGAGUAGUCGCCAGAAAAAAGGGUUUGAAAAAACGGGAAUUCUGGGAAUUCCUGGAUUUUUUUUUACUUGUAAAAAUAUUAGUUUGAAUGUCCUGGAUGGUGGAAUGUGUUGAAGGUGGAAUGGUUUGAAUCGGUUGAAAAAUGUGGAAAUGGUGGAAGUUUGAAAAAUGGCCGAUUCAUUUUGAAUGGGAAAAAUGUCCCGGGAAACCUGGAAUUCUGGGAAAUCUGGGAAAUUUCGUGAAUUUUUCAAGGAAAAGCCUGCGUUGGAACGGUUUGAAUCGGGUGAAAAUGUGGAAGGAAGAGCGCGCCAAAACUGGAGAAGAAGAAGAAGAAGUAGUUUAACUAGUUGAGGCAAUUCCAGAAGGAAUCGCGUGUGAAUGCUCCAAUGCUGACCUUGAACUGAAAUCCUGGAAUUUUUUUUAGAAUUGCUGAAGUAAGAGCACACAAUUCCCGAACAGGCUGAAUAUUUUGAAGUUGGAACUGUUUGAAUCAGAUGAAAAAUGUGGGUGUUGUGGAACUUUGAAGAAUGUCCCAUUAAAGGGAAUUUCCCCAAAAUUUGGGAAUUUCAGGAAAAGCGGGAAUUUUUUUUUAAAUGGUAAAAAACUUGAAUGGUCUGAAUAAAUUGAAAUGGUUGGUGUUGGAAUUUUUGAAAUCGGUCGAGAAAUGUUGAAGUAGUAACAUUUUUAAUUGAGAAAUUGUCUUAAUGAAUUUCUGGAGUUUUGGGAAAACCGGGAAUAAUUCCAGUUCGAAAAUCAACUUUGUUUUUUGUUCUGAUUAAGAGGAAUGUUUGGACGGUGGAACGGUUGAAAAAUGUGGAAGGAGUAGUCGCCAGAAAAAAGGGUUUGAAAAAACGGGAAUUCUGGGAAUUCCUGGAUUUUUUUUUACUUGUAAAAAUAUUAGUUUGAAUGUCCAGGAUGGUGGAAUGUGUUGAAGGUGGAAUGGUUUGAAUCGGUUGAAAAAUGUGGAAAUGGUGGAAGUUUGAAAAAUGGCCGAUUCAUUUUGAAUGGGAAAAAUGUCCCGGAAAACCUGGAAUUCUGGGAAAUCUGGGAAUUUUGUGAAUUUUUCAAGGAAAAGCCUGCGUUGGAACGGUUUGAAUCGGGUGAAAAUGUGGAAGGAAGAGCGCGCCAAAACUGGAGAAGAAGAAGAAGAAGUCGUUUAACUAGUUGAGGCAAUUCCAGAAGGAAUCGCGUGUGAAUGCUCCAAUGCUGACCUUGAGCUGAAAUCCUGGAAUUUUUUUUAGAAUUGUUGAAGUAAGAGCACACAAUUCCCGAACAGGCUGAAUAUUUUGAAGUUGGAACCGUUUGAAUCAGGUGAAAAAUGUGGGAGUUUUGGAACUUUGAAGAAUGUCCCAUUAAAGGGAAUUUCCCAAAAAUUUGGGAAUUUCAGGAAAAGCGGGAAUUUUUUUUUAAAUGGUAAAAAACUUGAAUGGUCUGAAUAAAUUGAAAUGGUUGGUGUUGGAAUUUUUGAAAUCGGUCGAGAAAUGUUGAAGUAGUAACAUUUUUAAUUGAGAAAUGGUCUUAAUGAAUUCCUGGAGUUUUGGGAAAACCGGGAAUUUUUCCAGUUCGAAAAACAACUUAGUUUUUUGUUCUGAUUAAUAGGAAUGUUUGGACGGUGGAACGGUUGAAAAAUGUGGAAGGAGUAGUCGCCAGAAAAAAGGGUUUGAAAAAACGGGAAUUCUGGGAAUUCCUGGAUUUUUUUUUACUUGUAAAAAUAUUAGUUUGAAUGUCCAGGAUGGUGGAAUGUGUUGAAGGUGGAAUGGUUUGAAUCGGUUGAAAAAUGUGGAAAUGGUGAAAGUUUGAAAAAUGGCCGAUUCAUUUUGAAUGGGAAAAAUGUCCCGGAAAACCUGGAAUUCUGGGAAAUCUGGGAAUUUUGUGAAUUUUUCAAGGAAAAGCCUGCGUUGGAACGGUUUGAACCGGGUGAAAAUGUGGAAGGAAGAGCGCGCCAAAACUGGAGAAGAAGAAGAAGAAGUAGUUUAAAUAGUUGAGGCAAUUCCAGAAGGAAUCGCGUGUGAAUGCUCCAAUGCUGACCUUGAGCUGAAAUCCUGGAAUUUUUUUUAGAAUUGUUGAAGUAAGAGCACACAAUUCCCGAACAGGCUGAAUAUUUUGAAGUUGGAACCGUUUGAAUCAGGUGAAAAAUGUGGGAGUUGUGGAACUUUGAAGAAUGUCCCAUUGAUUUCAACGGGAAUUUCCCAAAAAUUUGGGAAUUUCGGGAUAAGCGGGAUUUUUUUUUUAAAUGGUAAAAAAAACUUGAAUGGUCUGAAUAAGUUGAAAUGGUUGGUGUUGGAAUUUUUGAAAUCGGUCGAGAAAUGUUGAAGUAGUAACAUUUUUAAAUGAGAAAUGGUCUUAAUGAAUUCCUGGAGUUUUGGGAAAACCGGGAAUUUUUCCAGUUCGAAAAACAACUUUGUUUUUUGUCCUGAUUAAGAGGAAUUUUUUUGACGGUGGAACGGUUGAAGUGGGUUGGAAAAUGUGGAAGGAGUAGUCACCAGAAAAAAGGGUCAAAAAAAGGGUUUGAAAAAACGGGAAUUCUGGGAAUUCCUGGAAUUUUUUUUAACUUGGAAAAAUAUAAGUUUGAAUGUGCAGGAUGAGUGGAAUAUGUGGAAGGUGGAAUAGUUUGAAUCAGUUGAAUAAUGUGGAAAUGGUGAAAGUUUGAAAAAUGGCCAAUUCAUUUUGAAUGGGAAAAAUGUCCCGGAAAAACUGGAAUUUUGGGAAAUCUGGGAAUUUUUGGAAUUUGUCAAGGAAAGUCCUGCGUUGGAACGGUUUGAAUCGGGUGAAAAUGUGGAAGGAAGAGCGCGCCAAAACUGGAGAAGAAGAAGAAGAAGUAGUUUAACUAGUUGAGGCAAUUCCAGAAGGAAUUGCGUGUGAAUGCUCCAAUGCUGACCUUGAGCUGAAAUCCUGGAAUUUUUUUUAGAAUUGUUGAAGUAAGAGCACACAAUUCCCGAACAGGCUGAAUAUUUUGAAGUUGGAACCGUUUGAAUCAGGUGAAAAAUGUGGGAGUUGUGGAACUUUGAAGAAUGUCCCAUUGAUUUCAACGGGAAUUUCCCAAAAAUUUGGGAAUUUCGGGAUAAGCGGGAUUUUUUUUUUUAAAUGGUAAAAAAAACUUGAAUGGUCUGAAUAAGUUGAAAUGGUUGGUGUUGGAAUUUUUUAAAUCGGUCAAAAAAUGUUGAAGUAGUAACAUUUUUAAUUGAGAAAUUGUCUUAAUGAAUUCCUGGAGUUUUGGGAAAACCGGGAAUUUUUCCAGUUCGAAAAACAACUUUGUUUUUUGUCCUGAUUAAGAGGAAUUUUUUUGACGGUGGAACGGUUGAAGUGGGUUGGAAAAUGUGGAAGGAGUAGUCACCAGAAAAAAGGGUCAAAAAAAGGGUUUGAAAAAACGGGAAUUCUGGGAAUUCCUGGAAUUUUUUUUAACUUGGAAAAAUAUAAGUUUGAAUGUGCAGGAUGAGUGGAAUAUGUGGAAGGUGGAAUAGUUUGAAUCAGUUGAAAAAUGUGGAAAUGGUGAAAGUUUGAAAAAUGGCCAAUUCAUUUUGAAUGGGAAAAAUGUCCCGGAAAAACUGGAAUUUUGGGAAAUCUGGGAAUUUUUGGAAUUUGUCAAGGAAAAGCCUGUGAUUCCCGAAUAGGCUGAACAGUUUGAAGUUGGAACGGUUGGAAUCGGGUGAAAAAUGUGGAAGGUAGAGCGCGCCAAAAUCUGAAGAAGAAGAAGAAGUUGAAUAAAUAGAUGCAUUUUGGUGUAGAAAAUCAUGUGUGAAUGUUUUGGAGCAUUCACACAAUAAUGUAUGCCAAUAUUGUCCACCAGGGGGAGCUGCUUGUUUCUACUCCAAGGUUUGGGGAGGUGUGCUAAAAUAUUUACUUGAAUGUUUGGCUGGCAGGUGAUUAGUUUGUAUUUAGUUGGGAGGCCACGCCCCCUUUAUGGGUGAAGUUGAACAUUUGAUUGCAUUGUUGAUGUGCGACAAAAAGCUGAUGGAUUCCAAGGAAGACUGAGCAGCAGUCAUGAGAAGCACUUGAAAGACAUCUUUGACAUCUUUUCUAAACGUGGCAAAUGCAAAGAAAUCUCGACACCAUGUAUAUAUUUUUAUGUCCUCAUGUAAGAGACCAGCGUUUGCCAACAUUUGUGUAAAUAAAGCCUUUUAU